UUUUUUUUUUCCCUUUAGCCUUAUGCAAUUCUUUCAAAGUACUGUAUUUCUUUGCCGAUCUCGCUUUUCUCUUUCACCUUUACGAUGCAAACGACGUUUUUAUACCUCACCUUCUAGUAUACCAGCUUCUCUUUUGAAUUCAUCACGACGAGUACUUGCUGUGCCCGCCAAGAUGAAUGAAAUGAAGCUUCGAUGCACCGAGUUUGACAAGAAAGGCGCAGUCAAGACAACAGCAGGCGAGUUUCUUAAAUCCGAUUUCUGUCAACAGCAUUCCCUUUUACCUCGCGAUCUGCGUACGAUCGAUACAUAUUCUGUCUAUCAAAAACCCACGAUCCUUGUACGUCCUGAAGCUGUCUUGGUCAAUAUAGCGCAUUUGAAAGCCUUGAUCAAAUGUGAUGCGGUUGUCUUGUUUGAUACGUUUGGAUCAGCGGAUAGUUACAAUCAAAGUAUAUUUAUCUAUGACUUGCAAGAAAGACUGAAAUCACAAAAAGAUGGUUUACCAUUUGAAUUUAGAGCUUUAGAAGCUAUCUUGAUUUCUGUCACAUCAUCAUUACAAUCCGAAUUAGACAUUUUAGAAGGGCCUGUGAAUAAACUGUUGGGGGAUAUCGAAGAUUUAGCGGAUAUUGAAGAAUCCAUGCACGGUGAUAAACUAAGAGACUUGUUACAAUACUCUAAAAAGCUAUCCAAGUUUGAACAAGAUGCACUUUCAAUUCGAGAUGUGCUUGAAGAAGUAUUGGAUAAUGAUGAUGAUUUGGCUGCCAUGUAUUUAUCAGACAAGAAGCAAGGCAAAUACAGAGCACCUUCAGACCAUGAAGAAAUUGAAUUGUUAUUAGAAGCUUAUUAUAAACAAACAGAAGAAAUAGCAGCCAAAGCAGAAACACUUAGACAACAUAUGCGUUCAACAGAGGAGAUUAUUCAGUUAAUUUUGGAUGUGUCUCGUAAUUCAUUGAUGUGGUAUGAUAUUCGAUUGACAAUCUUGACACUCUCUGCCAGUGUAGUGAGUGGAUUUGGGGCUAUUUUUGGUAUGAACCUCAAGAAUUAUUUUGAAGACGAUCCCUAUGCCUUUGGAUUUGUAUCUGGCUUAGCACUGAUGUCUGGUGUAGGUGCAUUUGCCAUUGCUGUAAGAAGGUUAAGAAGGGUUUCGAAAUUAAAGCUUUAAUAAUAAUAAUAAUAAUAAUAAUAACAAUAAACCCAUGAAUUAAAU